AUGGAUGAUGAUACAAUUUCCAACAUCCUUUCCAGCAAGAAAAGCGAAAAAGACGGCGUAGAGGUGAGAUUGCAGUGCUGGGAUUUCCCAGGACAAGAAGAAUACGCACUGCUGAACCAAAUAUUUUUUUCCGAGAGGGCAAUCUACCUGGUGUUUUUCGACAUGACUGGGAAGAUGGAUGAGGAAUGGCGCCAUAUAUGUUUCUGGCUAUGGGCCAUCGGGAUGUUUUCAAAGAAGAAGAACGCAAAACCGCCUAUUCUUCUUCUUGGGACUAAAGCUGGGGAACCACGCAAACUUGAUCUGCAGGAAAAGGUCCCCUGGUUAAAGGAACAGCUGCAGCUACAUCCGAAUGGUUUGCGUGACAGAAACUGUUUCUGGCUAUUCCCCAUCGAAAACAAAGGAAUCAGUUCUGAGGAAUUCAUCCGCCCCUUGCGCCGGCACCUGCAACACAUGGCGUUGCAAUUCGUCACUCCACGUGACAGUUUGGAGGCCGAUGAUGAUGCCGUAUCAGGAUUGGGAGUGCAGGCAAAGCUGUACCCGAUGGCCUGGUUGCAAGCCCAUGAUCUGCUGACUCGCCUUGGAUCCGGCUUCAGGGCCACAGCUCCGAUGGUUGAAGUUAAGAAGGUUGCGCCAGAUGCGGAACUCAAAUCAGGGCGCAAACUUGAGAUUGCGUCGAAUCUGCGGGUAACCCUCUCAGACAAGAGUUGGCUGAUUGUGCCAAGGGGAUCUUCCAUCAAAAUUGAGGGCAGAGCUUUUGUGGGUGCCGGAGGCAUCCCGCUGAACUUGCACGUCUCCUGUGACUUUCUGGAGCUGGAAGUAGUUCAACAGUUUCUCAAGAGCAUGCAGCCUACAGGCUUGUCCAACGACGACGCCGAGACAGUUUUGAGGUUGCUGAACCUGUUAGGCACUUUAGUGUGGAUGGACCAGCCCGAGCUUCGAAACCUUGUGCUGCUAAAUCCACGUCGAGUUGCAGUUGCAAUGGCAUCAUUAAUGACCAUUUGCUUUGGCCAGGAGAACUUUGAACACAGAGAUAUGAUGAUGAUUGAGCGCAAAAUCACUGAACAUCGUAGUGACCUUCUUCGAUUCCAGUCAACAGGGAUCGCAACGCGCAAGUUGAUCAGAGGACUUUGGAAAGAGGAGUUUCCUGAGGAGAGCCAGCAAGAGCUGAUACGGCAGAUCUUGCUGGAAAAACACCUGAUGUUCGAGCGACUUGUUCAGGAUGAGUUCGUUCUUCCAAGUUGUUUACCCGUUGCACACAGCGCAGAAGAGGUCGUAAGAGAGGCAGGCAAAGUCUUGUACCUUGAUGUCGGUGGUCUUUUGUCCCCGAAUUUCUUCCCGGCGUUGGCGCAGAAGAUGUACAGUUGCCAGAUCAAGAACGAGCCUGAAAGCACAUGGAAACCAGGACCGCCCCAAGUCUUCCGGAAUCGCGGGCACUUUCAUGCAGGCACUUGUUCAGUGUCAGUAUCUGUAUUUCCAGUCAGUUUGCGCAGAAGCUCCAAGAGUGUAUUGCGAAUCGUUGUUCAGGGAGGCAACGAACUGAAAUACGAAGAAGUUGCCCAAAAGGUGAAACAUUUGCUAGAGAAAGAUAUUUUUGGCUUCAAUCCUGGAUGUGAAACAGAUCCUGCCUCCUUUUUUCAGUUGAAAGCUGUCCCAAAAGAGAACGAUGAUUUUGAAGGCAAAAUUGUUUCAGCACUUUGCAUGACUGUGGGAUGUCAGCAAACAUGCUCUCUCUGUAGACUCCGGGCCUUAUUGGAAGAGCGUUUCCUACCCGACUUGGACAGUGCACUCCGCUCUGUUGUGCAAAGGGCUGCCAUUUUUGGAAGGCACACACGACCUGCGGGCAGCUUCCGUUUCAAGGCUAUGAAAUAUCCUGGUGAUGUUGACCUGGAAGAGUAUUUGGCCAUAGAUGCCAACAGUCGAGAUGAGGCCCUGACAGAACUUUGCAGGACCAUUCAGACGCAAUAUGGGAAUAUCACUGGGGCAGGUGGUGUGGAAGUGUUUUUCGGUGGAUUCAAAGCAGGUUUUGAGCCCACGUCUGAAUGUAGCGGUGCAAAAAAAGAAUACCUGAGUUGGACGCAACAAAACAUUUUGUGCUCGUCAACAGAAGAUACAGAAGCUUUGAAAAAAGCUUUGGGAGAAGGUCAUCAUACUUGGACUGCCAAGCUUGACAUGUUUGCAAAAGUGAAACUUUUUGAGGAUUCCGAAGAGACACCUCGCUAUUUCGAGGUUACCAAUGUCCUGCGAGCUGGUUGGUUCAAAGGGCCUCAACCUAUCCAGCCGAUCAGCGACGAGAAGGAUUUUUUGCAGUCAGUUGAGAAGAAUUUGGCGAAGUUUUCAGGCGAGGAACCCAAUGCAAUGAAGUACGUCAAGCGCCUUUGGGAGAGAAGUGCCUAUUUAGCGGAGCGAGGAUUUGACUUGGAGUGGAACUUGAGCAUUUUGGAGGCUCUCCGCCCGCUGCUUGGUCACUGGGUCGCUGAACUCAAUCAAGUUGCGGCGCAUGUCGAGACCAUCAUCAACAUGAUGCAGUCUUCCCACGAGUUGUUUGAACAUGCAUGUCAGAACUUGAGCAGAUUGAAGUCUCGGCUUCACAACAUUGAUGAGUCAGAGAAGCAGGCUGCAGAAGAUGGGCGCGACAGCAUUGCAAAAGCAAUGGAGUACAUCCCGGAGCUGCUACCAGAAUCGCCACCAGAAGCUGCGAAAGAGAAGGACAUGUUACGUACCCUGCGAAAAGCACAGCUGUUGUUGGAAAGCUGCGUUGAGACCGUCUUGAUCGGAAAAUUGGGUUCUUUCGAAGUUCCAUUGGCCAAACCACUCGGCAAGCUCUGGACGUUUCCAUCAGACCACCCUCCCAUUGCAGCUAUGCUCAAACUCUGUGAGAACUCCAUCAAGGUUGCUUCCUGGAAUGUUCUGAACCGGAACUAUUAUAAAUACAUAGAUAAAGACACACAAGGACUCAAAGGCUCGAAAAUAACAAUGCAGCAUGAAGCUGGUACAAGAGAGAGCAAGAUCAUUGAGAAGAUCGAAGAGAUGCUACAGAACGAUUUCCGAAUAUUGUGCUUACAAGAAUGCUGGCCGGAGUUGCUUCAGCAGCUUGGAGAAGCUUUGGAGGAAAGACAACCUGAAGUUCAGAUGCGCUGCAGCGGAGAAGACAAGAACCAAGAGGCAAUACUUUGGGGAAGGUUUCGUUUUAGAACGCGGGAUAAUACUCAAUUUGAAACGCGACUUUAUUACUCAUUUUGA